AUGAAUUCAUUAAACAAAACAGUUGCUUCUAGAAUAUCAAAAAUAACUACAAAUGUUGCUGCUGUUCCUUAUAAGAAUGAGAAGGGACAAGUUGUUAUGAAAAAAGUUAAAGUUCAAAGAUAUGUAGCAGGAAAAGCCCCAGCAUGUAGUGACAGUGAAUCAGAUGAUAGUAUUGAAAUUAUAAAUAAAGAUGAUUUUGACAAAAUUGUUAAUAAAAAUUCUAAAAAUGCUAAUAAAAUGGAAACUACAGCAAAACGUGAUAGUAAAGUUCACGAUCAGUCAGAAUCUGAAUCAUCUGAGGAUGAAGAAGAGAUUGAAAGGAGGAGAAUGAGGAUAAAAUCAAAACAUCAAAAAGAUGAAACAGAUGAAUUGGAAAGUAUAAAUUGUAAGGAUGAACUUGAAUUAGAUGAUGAUGAAGAUAAUGUUAUAAGACGAAGGACGUUAUUAAAGUCCCAGAAAUUGAAAGAUGAUAACGAUGAAAUCAAUAAUGAUAAUGAAUCAGAAGAUGAAAGUGUUGAGGAGGAGAGUAGUGAAGAAGAAUCAGAAGAGGAAGAAGAUGAUUUACCGCGUUUGAAGCCUGUCUUUGUACCAAGAAAAGAUCGUGUCACAUUACUAGAAAUUCAGAAGGAGAAAGAAGCUGAGAUGGAAGCAGAAAUGGAAGAAGAAAAACGAAAAGAGGCACGGAAACAGCAAAGUGUUUCAUUACUUGAGAUGACAUUGAAAGCAGAAAAAGAAGCUGAAGAAGUAAAGAAAUUGGCUGAUGCAUUAGAUCUCACAGAGAUAGUUACAGACGAUGAUGAUGAUGAAAUUGCCUAUGAAUUGUGGAAAAUACGAGAAAUUAAUCGUCUAAAAAGAGAUCGAGAGGAGCGAGAAAUGUAUGCACGUGAGCAGGAAGAAAUUGAAAAAUUACGUAACAUGACAGAAGAGGAACGUGAUAAAUAUUUUGAGAUGAAUCCAAAAAUUAUUACAAAUAAACAGGCAAAAGGAAAACUUAAAUUUUUACAAAAGUACUUCCAUAGAGGUGCAUUUUUCUUGGAUAAAAAUGAUGAAAUUCUUAGUAGAGAUUUUACUGAAACAACUUUAGAUGAUAAUUUUGAUAAAACUGUUCUCCCUAAAGUAAUGCAAGUUAAAAAUUUUGGUAAAUCUUCUAGAACUAAAUGGACACAUUUGACGGCUGAAGAUACUACAGAUCACCAGGGUGCAUGGGCAGCAAAGACAAAUUUUAAUCAAAAGUUUACAGAAAAACAUGCCGCUGGUAUGAAGAAUAUUUUUGUAAAACCUACUAGUUUAAAAAGAAAGCAUGAAUAA